UCCAAGCCGUGCUGCAUCGAAUCCUCUCUGGUCUCUGCAUCACCUCCGCGCUGCUCUUCUCAUCCUCCUCCUCCCACCCCGCACAAAACCCUACCUAAGGCCCUGUGCGUCUGUGCGGGGAAUCCCCCCACACAUCCCCACCGCGGUGGUCGAUAGGCAACUCCAUGGCAAAGGAUUCAGCUUCACCAGUCACCACCCCCUGUUUCUGUUCCUGAUCCUGGCGCUGUGGCGGAGAAAAGACAAUGGUGCCUGACCAGGAAGCAAGAUUCGCACGCGGUGGCGUGGGUUCUUCGUUGUCCGGCCUGGCCAUGGAGGAGUUCGUGAUGGGCGAUCACGCGCGGCUCGUGGCCUCCAUGCGGCACGCCUUGGAGCUAGCUGUGUCGUCCAGGCUCUUCGCCAAGCUCUACAGCCUCUUUGACUCCGACGCCACGUUCCGCGACGCACUGGCGAGCGUCCGAGGCGGCUCCGACGCCAAGCGGCUCCGCGUCGUGGCCUACGGGCUCGGCGGCGUGCAGUACAGCUGGGCGCCGCGGAUCCGCCUUGCUCUUCUGCUCCUCCUUCGCGUCGCGUUCCCGGACGCGAUCGGCGACGUGGAGUUGGUGUGCCCGACCAUUGCUCCCGUGGCGCGCUGGGCCAUGGAGGAGUUGGGCUGUGUGGUUACCGCGUCGAUCCAGCAGUGCCGGCAAGUUUGUGGGCCGACGCUCAUCUUCAUGCCGUACGCGGACCACGUCUUCUUCAAAAAUCUGCUCACCUUGAACUGGAGCGCGGAUCAGCUCGGCAAGAUCGUCUUGCUUGGGCACAGCUUUGGCACCAUGGUUAAGAUGCUUGAGCUCAGCAUAUCCAAGCAGGAGAAGUUUGGUGUCACAGAGCAGAGGGAGAAGGUGAGGAAGCUCCUGGCAAUUAAGGAGUAUGUGAAUGAGUUUGAGCUGUGCUCGGAGCUUGAUGGCUUCUGGGGAGAUGAUUGUCCUUAUGAUGAACUAGCAAAUGAGUCUGACGAUUCACAGGAGCAGUGUGGAUGCAUGCACUGCGUUGCUAAUGUAGAGAGAUAUGCCAUGAUUAGUGCUCUUCCCAGCUCCUUUUCAGUUCAUCUGUUUCACUUUGAUCCUGAAAUUGGCAUGGACCAUCUUGUACCAGAUAAUCAUACUACGAGGGUUUGGAGCACAGUGAACAUCGAGAUGAACUACGAUGCACAAUUAACAGGAUGUCAUUUGAAUCCUAGUGAUGCAUACAUUGAGGACAAGGACCUCAUGGAAGCAGUGAGCAUAAUUAAAGAAGUACAUGAAACUAUGCUGGAUAUUAAGAGGAGUUCAGUUUAUACAAAGUUUAUUGAUCAGCUUAAGGAUAAUCCGAGCAUUGGAGAUUGCAUAUCAAGAAUGUUGGGAAGUCAUGAAUACAUGACGCUGGUAAUUUAUGGCCUUGGGAGCUUUGAAUUUGAUGUGAAGUCUCAGUAUCAGCUAGCUUUCGCUCUUCUUCUAAAGGAAGAUAAGAUAUUUCCGGUUGGUGACAUUGAAUUAUAUGACCCAGCACUCUCUCCAGCUGAUGUCAAAUCUUGCUUUGACUUGGGAAUAAGAGUUCUACUUGUUAACGAGCAGCGCCACAGAAGAGUUGAGAAGCCAACAAUUUUCUAUGUUCCAGGACUGAAGUUUGUGGGUAACCUAAUCGAGGCAAACCUCUCUCCUGAGUACUUGAAUAAGAUGGUUUUGGUUUCCUAUGGGUUUAAGGAUGGCGGGGAAAGUAUUUCUGGUGAAUUUGAAAACUGGAACUGUGGAUGUACCAGAAUCGUGGGUUCUCUUUCUUUGGAGAGAGACAGGUUCCUGUUGGCAACUAAGGAUUGCAUUCAUGAAGUCAUUUCUCUGGAAAACUCUGACAGGGGAUUAGUUGGUGUUUCUGGACUGAAGCUGGAAUUUCUUGAAGUAGAUGAUGACACAGACAUAUACUCAAAACUGCCAAGGCUGACACUCCAGGAAAAAAUUCACCUUGACUUCAAAUUAGAACUGGAACAUAAUUCAUUCCUUUCCUUUGAUCAUGUGGCUUCCCUUCGUAUGCAAUUGGAAGAGCGAAUCUCACGCCCAUUCAGAGAUCAGUGUGCUUUCAAGGAUGAUGUAACUCCAUUCUGGGGCCAUGUUUUUCGUCAUCGUCUGCCAGUGAUGAAACGGACGACAUGGUCCCCGCCACCUAAGGGUUGGGUUAAGCUCAACUUCCAUGGAAUUGGCUGUUCCCAAGGCACCCCGGCCUGCAUUGGUGGCAUACUGCACAAUGACAAAGGCGAGGUUCUGUCCUACUAUGCUGGUCCAGUAGGAGAUGUGGAUGAGAUUGUGGCCAGUGCCAGGGCACUUGAUAUGGGUCUACAAAAUAUGAUUGAUCUCCAUGAACCAGUAUUCAAGCUGAUCGUCGAGGGGGAUAAUCUUACGGUGAUACGCUGGUGCAACGUAAUCUCGUGCCCACCUGAAAGAGAAUGUGACUUAUUUUCACGUAUCUCUUGGUGCAUGAAUUUGAGGCCAUCCGAGGCACCUGCUCCUGACGAGCUACCUACAGAGUGCAACAAGGGUGAUGGCUCAAAGGAUGCGGACUACGAUAAUGGCCAGAAGGAUGAUGACCAGGAGGGUGGCGGUGCAUCUUCAGAGUCUGUCAUCCCUCCUGGAUGGACUCGUAGAGAGUACAUAGCUUGGCAGGUCGAAGAGGGGGCUAAUCAGGUCACGAUUCGCCCAGCACAUGUUGGAGCUUCUCUACCUGGGAUCUUGAUACACCAAUCAACCAUGUGUGACUGUGGAAAUGGAAUGGACAUGAAGAAUGACGAGCCAGACGAUACAUGGUUCCUCUGUGGCUUUGAUAUGGGUGAUGACAUUAUCACACGACUGACCUGAGGAUUCUUUAACCUGUUCAUGAGGAGCCUGCUACUGACUGCUGUUUCCUGUUGCUAAUGGUUGUCCCUGUUCUGAACAAGUGGGAUCUGCCUGUUUUGAUCUGCAUGAUGAGCCUUCGGGGUCUUCGAUUUCCUGCUGUUAACUGAAAACCUGUUCCUUCAUGGCUUUUAUAUGGAUGAUGACCUUAUGAAACGACUGAAAGUUUGAGCCGCAGGAUUCUGGAACCUGUUCAUGAGGAGCCUAUUGCUGACUGCUGCCUAUUGCUAAUGGUUGUUCCUGUUCUGAACAAGUCGGGUCUGUCUGUUCCGGUGAAAUCCUUAUGUGUGUAAUAAGCCUGCAAGGCUGCAACGUGUUCGAUUUCCUGCUGUAGAAAAACCAAAACCUGUGAAUGCUCCCUGAGAAUGUUUAGGUUGUUCGUUUGAUAUGUAGUUCAGUAUUUUGCUUUAAUACACGGUCGUUCUCCUACUUCAGGAGUAUGAAAGGCGCUUCGGGCGCAUUUCGAUUUAUGACCACCAACAUGAACAUGCUUUGUAGCGUUAA